UCGCUCAGGCGCCUAUCAUCCCUCCUGGGUGCAGGGCGAUAUCAGAGCACUUCUCGUGCACAGCUGCAGGCGAGCAGACGUUCUUCUCUUCGGUGCAAGGCACGCCAUGGGACCCAUCCGAAAUCCCGUCAUCAAGUUUUCUCAGAUCUUCAUCAACAACGAGUUCGUCGACUCCAAGUCUGGGAAGACAUUCGCCACGUUUAACCCGGUGAAUGAGGAAAAGAUAGCUGAUGUCCAGGAAGGGAGCAAGGAAGACAUCGACGCGGCCGUGAAAGCAGCGAGAGAAGCCUUCAGGCGCGGCUCCAAGUGGCGAACCAUGGACGCUUCACAGCGCGGCACCAUCAUCAACAGUUUGGCCGACCUGAUGGAACAGAACGCCGACUAUAUGGCGAGCUUGGAAACCUUGAACAAUGGGAAACCAUUCACGGAAGCCAUACAGGACAUCAAGUUUGGCGUGAAAUGUCUGCGAUACUGCGCCGGGUACAGCGACAAGGUCCAUGGGAAAACAGUUCCAGCAGAUGGUGAUGUUUUCGUCUAUACAAGGCGCGAACCGGUUGGAGUCAUCGGGCAAAUUAUUCCGUGGAACGUGCCGAUGGUGAUGUUCUGCUGGAAGAUCGGCUCUGCCCUGUGCACGGGAAACACGGUUGUUGUGAAGCCGGCAGAGCAGACGCCGUUGACGGCGCUGUACGCGGCCAGCCUGGUGCGCGACGCUGGCUUUCCCCCGGGCGUCGUAAACGUGGUGCCGGGAUUCGGGGAGACCGCGGGCGCCGCCCUCUCCAACCACAUGGACGUCGACAAGAUCGCCUUCACUGGAUCCACGCAGGUUGGCCGACUGAUGCUGAAGGCCUCGGGUGACACAAACUGCAAGCGCGUGUCACUGGAGCUCGGCGGAAAGAGUCCGCUGAUUGUCUUCCCAGAUGCUGACCUGCAAGUGGCGGCGACUGUGGCGCACCUCAGCGUGUUCCUGAAUACAGGCCAAGUGUGCUGCGCCCCGACGCGUAUCUUCGUGCAUCAGGACGUGUACGAGCAGUUCGUUGCCGUCUCCGUCAAGAUGGCACAGGCGCGCGUGCUGGGGGAUCCCUUCGAAAGCACCACCAACCAGGGACCGCAGGUCAGCAAGGAGCAGAUGGAGCGUGUGCUGGGCUACGUGGAGGCCGGCAAGCGCGAAGGCGCCCGGCUGCAGUGCGGAGGCCAGCGCCACGGCAGCCGCGGCUACUUCGUCCAGCCCACGGUGUUCUCCGACGUGCACGACGACAUGACCAUCGCCCGCGAGGAAAUCUUCGGCCCCGUGCAGAGCCUCUUCAAGUUCAGCUCCACCGAGGAGGUCAUCGAGCGCGCCAACAGGACCACGUACGGACUCGCCGCGGGACUCUUCACCCGCGACCUGAACACGGCGCACACUGUGUCGCACGCCCUCCAAGCGGGCGUCGUUUGGAUCAACACGUUUAUGGAAAUCAGCCCGCAGACUCCGUUCGGAGGUUACAAGAUGUCAGGACUUUCGCGCGAAAUGGGCGAAGAAGGCAUCCUGGCAUACACGGAAGUUAAAACGGUCAUCACGAAGGUAACGGAGAAGAAUUCCUGAAUAUAUUACAUCAAAAGGAUGCAUGGUGCAGCUUUUGUAACUCACGCUGCCUGGCAAUUUUCGCUCCUCGCUUGAGCUCCUCUAAAAUAUAUUUUUGGCUAUUGUAGGUAAA